CUUUUGUUUUUCGGCUGGGUUCUCCGACUCCGAGACUUAGUGUCGACACGUCAUCCACAUCCCUCAGCGCCACAGCUCUCAUCCGCAGAAUCUCACAGGUAGCGGGGAAUGGCAGAUUCAAUGGAGUCAACUCCCUUGCCUUCCAUCGAAGAGCGCCUGGCUUUCCUCUGCCCUUCUCAGGAGCUUCUAGAAUAUUAUCAAAAGAAGAUGGCUGAGUGUGAGUCAGAAAACGAGGACCUGUUGAAGAAACUGGAACUCUACAAAGAAGCUUGUGAAGGACAGCAUAAACUUGAAUGUGAUUUGCAGCAGAGAGAAGGAGAGAUUGCUGAAUUGCAAAAAGCUCUAAGUGAUAUGCAGGUCUGCCUCUUCCAGGAACGAGAACAUGUUUUACGCCUGUACUCAGAAAAUGACCGACUGAGAAUCAGGGAGAUAGAAGACAAGAAAAAGAUUCAGAAUCUCCUGGCUCUUGUGGGAACAGACACUGGAGAGGUGACCUACUUUUAUAAGGAGCCUCCCCACAAAGUCAGCAUUCACCAAAAGACUAUCCAGGCUGUAGGUAUUUGUGAACAGAAUGAAUCUUCAGCUUUCAAAGCAGAUCCUAAAGUAAGCAAAAGAAGACCAGCAAUGAGAGAGAGGGAAGAAAGUUCUGAGCAUUACCAAAGAGACGUACAGACACUCAUCCUACAGGUGGAAGCGCUACAGGCUCAGCUGGGAGAACAAACCAAGCUUUCUAGAGAACAAGCUGAAGGGUUCAUGGAGGAUAGACGGAUUCGCCUUGAGGAAAUACAAGUUCAGCACCAAAGAAAUCAGGACAAAAUCAAAGAGCUAACCAAAAAUCUCCAUCACACCCAAGAACUGCUCUAUGAGAGCACCAGAGACUUUUUGCAACUCAGAUUUGAAAACCAUAAUAAAGAGAAGUCAUGGAUGCUUGAAAAGGAUCAUUUGAUGUCAAAGAUUAAGCAAUACAGAAUGCAGUGUAAGAAGAAAGAAGAGAAAAUUGGAAAAGUUUUGCCGGUUUUACAUGACAGUCACCAUACCCAAAAUGAAUAUAUUAAGUCCCUAAAGGAUAAGUUAGUACAAGAGAAAAAGCUGUCUAACAUGUACCAAGAGCAGUGCAUUUCCCUAGAAGAAGAACUUGCCCGAAUUCGUGAGGAAGAGGGUGUAAGGAGAGAGAUCUUCAAGGAUCGCACUAACAGGAUGGGGAAGCGUUUACAGAUAAUGACAAAACGCUAUGAGGCCUUGGAGCGUCGCCGUAUCUUGGAAGUAGAAGGCUUCAGGACAGAUAUUAAGGCUCUCCGACAGAAACUGAAAGACUUGGAGCAAAUGCUCUAUAAGGCAACAAUUAAUUCCCGGGCAAACCAGGAUCUUGCCAUUCUGUGUGAGGUUCGGGACAGCAAUAGACGGGCACAUAAGAUACAAGGAGAACUGAAGAACCUUAAGUCCAAAGUGUUUGGUUUGGAGAAUGAACUUCGACUCUGUUGAUGUCUACUUCUGGAACUGGCCUCUGUUUGGAAGAGGUUUGUGUAUUUUUUAAAGAAGACAGUGAUGAAAACAGGAAGAAAGCAUUUUGCUAUGAGCUUGGCUGAGUGUCAGUGGGAAGAAGACUUAUCCUAAAGAGAUGAGGGACACGCUGAGGUCACCUUUCUCCCAGGCAGAGACAAGGCUGCAGGUCACAGCUCGUCAAAUUUGACUUUUUUCAGUCAUGAAUGUGUCCUGAGUUACCUCUUCAGAUACCCAGUCUCAUGAGGUUUCAGCAGAGGGCACUAGAGACCCUACUCUUAAGCAAAAUGUUCAUCUGGAAGAAUAGAGGUGCCGCUUGGCAAGAGGGAGUGAAACU